CAGGAGGAACGGAUUGUAUAAUAGCUGUAAAACCCGCGGCUACCGACAGGAACCAGUUGCUCGCAGCUGUCCCCUCGAAAGCUCCACGAUGUUGGGGAGGCAGCACACGCAGCGACCUCUAAGCGCGACAGUGCCCGAGAAGUAGUCGAGGUUAUUCACCGGAUGAAGUUUGGGAACUGUAGUGUUGCAUAUUUUUUCCCUAGUCGUUGCAACUUUUUGGGAGGAAUGCAAGUUGCUUGGGCUGUUAAAAUGGGAUUGUUUUUGCACAACGUUGCCUCUGUCACCCCCACAGCUUCCACAACUGACCGGAGCCUGCUGGUCUGUGAAGGUGUCAACAACCAGAGCUACAUGUGUGAAUCGGGUCACUGCUGUGGAGAAUCUCAGUGUUGCAGUUACUACUAUGAGCUUUGGUGGUUUUGGUUGGUCUGGGCUAUCAUCUUCAUUUUGAGCUGCUGCUGUGUGUGUCACCAUCGCCGUACCAAACACCGACUACAACAACAACAGCGACAGCACGAGAUCAACCUCAUUGCUUAUCGUGAAGCACACAACUAUCCCUCAGUGCCCUUCUACUUCAGGUUUCUUCCAAGCUACCUCCUGCCAGAUUACGAAGAAGUAGUGAACCGGCCACCUACUCCCCCACCACCCUACAGUGCCUUACACACAGCACCAUCCUCAGGAGUCUCACAGCCUCACCCUGAGCAGCAGGAUGGACAAUGUCCAGCCAUUCAACCAACCCCAGCGCCUCCUGACUUGGACCUCCUGUGCAACAGACCUAGUCUAGAGGAGCCACAACCAGCUGCUUUAAAUUUAAUGCCAAAGGCUGACAGCAAGCCUGCACAGACAACACAGGACUCAGGCAUGAUACUAUUGUCAGAGGGGAUUAGUGGGGAGAGACUCAACCUUGAGGAAAAGAGAAGCGACUGCAAGGAUCCUCUGUUGAAGGACCUGUUAGAUGACAAAGAUCGACUCCCUAAUGGUAGAAGACGACGAUUUACAGGGGAUUCUGGGAUUGAAGUGUGUGUGUGUGGCUCACACGGGAGCAAUGGUUGUAGUGGAGCAGGUGGCCUGGAAGGUAAGGAGUUGCGGGAGCUGGAGGGCCUUCUGGGCCGAGAUGGAAAUGAUGAUGAGGAGGCUGGAGACUUCUGUGACAGUUGUGUUCACCGGUCUUCCUUCAGCGUGGAAGAGGAGCAGUCGCUCGGCAGGUCGGAGAGGGGAGCGGCACCAGGUUCCUCCCAGCCAGCGCACCUCACAAGCACUGCCUCACUGCACCCUCCAGUGUCCCUCCUCCUCCAAACCAUCAAUGAGCAGGAGAGUCCCCACCACAGCACCAGUACUGAACCGCAGGGUUAAAACGCACACCAUUGAACAUGGAAGCUUUUUUGUUUUUGUGGCACAAAGGUUUUUAAGCCUCAAGAUGUGGAAAGUGAGUAGAGGUGCAAAUCAGUCGUGGGAUCCAGAAGUAAAACUCUGUUCGACACACUGGAACAUGGAGUGGCCUUAACUGAUUUCUGCUUUGACAGAAUACAGCUGGUGCAUACGACGUAACUCACACAUUUGUUCGCCUUGCAUCUUCCUCCACAUGUGAUACACAGCAAAGACUCGAUCACUGUAACAGCAGGAACAGAAACGGGAAGAUGGCUGAUCUUACUCACCAGGUGUGUCCAACCUGUUGCCUGUGUCUGGAGGCAACAAUUUAGUACAAGACACAAGCAACAAGCCCUUUUCACAUAUUCUGUGUUUGAGCAAGGAAGCAAAUACUGUAGAAACAUCUGACCUGGACCUGAAUAUGCUUUUUUCUUUUUUUUUCCUCCAGCAUAUUUGAAAGAAAAUUCUUGUUCAAUCUGAACCACUAGCUAUAAGUGCAUUAACAAGUCUUCAUGUGAGCAGUUCCUACUUUGCACAAGUUGUAUUUAUCUUUUAUAAAUGAAGCUUUUAACUAAGACUAGCAUUCUGUUUUUCCAUGAUUACUUAGUAAAUUAUGGCACAAUGUAAAUUUCAUAGGGAUACAAAAAAUACAAUUGUUGGUUUAUAUGUUGCCUUUUUAUUAACUUCAUGAAUGUUAGCAUUUUGUGCCUACCCAGAGAGCUGAUAUGAGGAACAUUAGAUCCUCUGAGUCACUUGAGCAGAUUAUCACCUUCACCAGCAGCACAAUAUAAAAGCAAUCAUCUCAGUUACUGCAUUUAAAAUUAUCAACCUACCCUACCAGUCUAAAGAAAAAAAAUACUGUUUAAUAUUUCUGUGUAUGACAACAAACAAACAUACAUGUGAUAAUUUGCACAAAACAAUGCUAAACAUUUGCCAAUCUAACAUGUUUUUGGUAUAUACAUUGUGGUCCAUGAACAUUGGGACAUAACAAUUAUCUUGUUGGCUGUAAACACAACUACAAUGGAUUUGAAAUGACACAAACUGUGCUUUAGCUGCAGACUUUCAAGUUUGGCGGUAUUUAUAUCUAAAUAAGGUGCAUGGUGUAGGAAUUUAUAUAUACACAGAGACCCUUUCCAAAAAAAUAGAAUAUCAUGGAAAAGUUCCAUAAUUCCAUUCAAAAAGUUAAACUUUCAUAGACUAUAGGUUCAGGGCCCACAAUUUAAAGUAUGUAUUUGUUUACUUUUACAUAAUUUCGGCUUCCAGUUCAUAAAACCCAUUAAAUCAAUAAUUCAAUAAAUUAGAAUACUGUGAAGAAAUCAGCCCAUAAAUGUUUUAAACUGAGUGUCACACACUAAUCAUCUAUUAAACUCUAAACACCUGCACAGGUUUCCCCAGGUGUCGUUAAAUUGCUUCAGUUUGGUUCAAUAUGGGGAAGACUGCAGACUUGACAACUGGCCAGUAGACCAUCAUUGAUACCCUCCAUAGGAUGGGUAAGACACAAAGGUUCAUAGCUAAGGAGGCUGUCUGUUCAGAGUGCUGUGUCCAAGCAUAUCAAUGGAAAGUCUAGUGGAGGGACAAAAUGUGGCACGAGAAGAUGCACCAGCAAAAGAGAUGACCGUGGGCUUCAGCUUAUUAUCAAACCGAGAAGAUUCAAUAAUCUAGCAGAGAUCCAGAAAGAGUGGAAUGAGGCGGGACUCACAGCUUCAAAAACCAUCACAUUCAGACGCAUCCGGGAGAUGGGCUACAACUGUCGGGUUCCUCGGGUCAAGCCACUUCUGAGCCUGAGCCAACGUCUGAAGCGUCUCAACUGGGCCAAGGAGAAGGACUGGACUGUUGGGCAGUGGUCCAAGGUCCUCUUUUCUGAAGAAAGUAAAGUGUGCCUUUCAUUCGGAAAUCAAGGUCCAAGGGUUUGAAGGAAGACUAGUGAAAAACAGAACCCAAGCUGCUUGAGGUCCAGUGUGAAAUAUCUACAGUCAGUCAUGAUUUGGGGUGCAAUGUCCAGUGCAGGUGUUGGUAAACUCUGCUUUCUUAAAUCUAAGGUCACCGCAACAGUCUGCCAUAAUGUUUUAGAGGACUUCAUGAUUCCUUCUGCUAAGGAUAUGUAUGGAGAUGCAGAUUUCAUCUUCCAGCAGGACCUGGCCUCUGCCCAUACUGCCAGAAGCACCAAAACCUGGUUUGAUGCCCAUGCCAUCACAGUGCUUGACUGGCCAGCCAACUCGCUGGAUCUAAACCCCAGUGAGAAUCUAUGGGGGGUAUUAUCAAGAGGAAAAUGAGGGGCACCAGACCCCAAAACAAAGAACUAACAGCAAGCCUCAAGGAAAUCUGGGCUUCCGUAACUCCCAGGCAAUGCAACAGGCUGAUCGCCCCAAUGCCAUGGCGCAUCGAGGCAGUGAUUCAAGCAAAAGGAUUCCCAUUCAAGUAUUGAAGACUAACAGAUCGUUUUGAAAGUACUGUAUUUUGAUUGAUUUAAUGUGACCUUCAUUUUUCAUUUUCUUUUUUCCACAAAAACUGAGAAGUAAAUGAUGAUUUCUUCAGAGUAUUCAAAUUUUUUGAAAUCCUGAUUUUGUGGGUUUUAUGAGCUGGAAACCCAAAUUAUAUGAAAAUAAACAUCCAUCUGUUUUCUGAGCCGCUUAUCCUCAAAAGGGUGGCGGGAGUGGCGGAGCCCAUCCCAGCAAUCAUUGGGCAGCAGGCGGGGUACACCCUGAACUGGUUGCCAGCCAAUCGCAGGGCACAUAUAAACAAACAACCAUUCGCACUCACAUUCACACCUAUGGGCAAUUUGGAGCCUUCAAUUAACCUACCAUGCGUGUUUUUUGGCUCUUGGAGGAAACCGGAGUGCCCGGAGAAAACCCACACAGGCACGGGGAGAACAUGCAAACUCCACACAGGCGGGGCUAGGGAUCGAACCCCGGUCCUCAGAACUAUGAGGCAGAUGUGCUUUAACCAGUCGACCACCGUGCCGCCUGAAAAUAAACAAAUACUUGAAAUAGUUUAAAUUGUGGGCUGUUAAUUUAUAAUCUAUGAAAGUUUAAUUUUUUGAAUGGAAUUAGUGAAAUUAAGUUUUCCAUUUUUUGGAAAGGAUUUGUGUGUGUGUGUGUGUGUAUAUAUAUAUAUAUAUAUAUAUUAUAUAUGUGUGUGUGUGUAUAUAUAUAUAUAUGUAUGUAUGUAUGUAUAUAUAUAUAUAUGUAUAUAUAUAUAUAUAUAUAUUUAUAUAUAUAUGUAUGUAUAUGUGCAUAUAUAUGUAUAUAUAUAUAUAUGUAUGUAUAUGUGCAUAUGUAUGUAUAUAUAUACAUGUAUGUAUAUAUAAUAUGCCUCAUACUCUUUAAGGGGCCAAAUGUAAUGGGACAAAUUAAUCAUAAAUAAAUGUUCACUUUUAAAUACUUUGCUGCAAAUCCUUUGCAGUCAAUUACAGCCUGAAAUCUGGAAUUCAUAGACAUCACCAGAUGCUGGAUUUCAUCCAUGAUGAUGCUCUGGCAGGCCUGUACUGCAACUGUCCUCAAGUUCCUGCUUGUUCUUGGGGCAUUUUCCCUUCAGUAUUUUCUUCAAGUAAAAUGCAUACUCAAUCGGAUUCACGUCAGGUGAUUGACUUAAAAAUGUGUUCACAGUAUGCUUCAGGGUCAUUGUGCAGCUGGACCCAGAAUUUAUCCGUAGACUAGAUAUUUUUGAUCAUGGCAAGUUGAAAUCUCAUGUACUUUAAUUCAGUUUGUAACUGUCCACCAUUGCAAGGGUGAUGCAAUAAAUACAUCAACGUAACAAAUAUUGAUGCCAUAAUUUUACAAUUGUAGAAGGAUUGUUGUGCGAUUGAACAGUAAACAGAAAUCUUUGUAUCCUAUUACAUAAAUAUACUGCAAUAACUGUCCCGCGGUAAUGUUCUUGACAUUUUAAAAAUAUUGAAAUUGAGACAAAUUUUGGGGGAAGUGAAUUUCUAUUGGUUGGCAGCUUUGUAAAUAGAAGCUGUUGUAAUUCCUAAACCGUUGACCUGAUUUGGAUGUAAAUACCCUCAUGUUCCAGCUGAAAGUCUGCAGUUAAAGCACGUCUUGUUUCAUUUCAAAUCCAUUGCAGUGAUGUUGUGUGUACGUCUUACUUGGACAUUUAAAUAAUCCCUUAACAGUGUAACAGUAAUUGUCAAUGUAAUUGGCAAAAGGACCCAUGUAUUGUAACAACUGUAGCCUGGACUGGAAGGCUCUAACUAUGGAAUGGACAAGCCUUCACUUUAAUAAAAUUGCGUGUGUAUAAAUAGCUAACGGGUUGCAUAUGACUGAAUGUCAGUUCACAUUGUAUAGAACAGACGAAACGUUCCGAGCAUGGGAAUCUGAACAGUUCAAGUAAUGACAAAGCUGCACUACAAAACCAAAAUGGCCACAUGUAAAAGAUCAAUUAAUUGAUCUCUAACCUGCUGGUAGAAUGUUGCACAUCUGCACUGUAAAUAUGAAUAUUCCCACAGUUUUAACAGCUUGAUGAAGAUUGUACUUGGAAGAAGGACUCUGAUUAUACUUUGAAGAUAUAUUUUUACAAAUGUAUUCAGUUAUAGAUUUACAUUUUGCAGACCUAUGGAACAUCCAGCAAGUUUUUCAUCAGCCAACACAAAAGUUCAUACAUUGAAAUUAAAAAAAAAAAAAAGUGCCCCUGCUAAAGAACUUUUAAGCACAAUUAUUUUAUUUAUAUUUUAUAUUCUGGUUUGAACUAAUCAAAGUAGAUCAUAAGUACUAUCUGUGUGGUAUAAAAUUGGAACUUGUGGUACAUGUAGCACAGAUGAGCUAUUUUUCAUUCGAGCUGAAUCAUUGUGAGUGUGUUGAAAUUAAAAAGAUAAACCACUCUAUUUUCAAAUUUACAAUCACGUGACAGGUUAUAGACAACGCUUGAAUAAAACAAGUAACUAUUUGUUUUGCCUUCAUGUCCUUCAGUGUCAAAUUGAGACUAAUUCUGAAGUUGUGUGAAGGGUACAUGAUGAUUGAACAUCCUUGUUCAACCCAAUCAGGUUAUAUCAUGCCAAAGACUCAUUUUCUUCAUCAUUGUGUGAAUGUGCACAUAUUCUUUGAAUGUUACUGUCAACAACCAAGAUGGAUGUACUUGGUUACGCAACAUUUAAAUUUUAAUAAAAAAUUGUCGUGUUUCACUUUCAGGUAUUACCCUUGUUUUUGUACACUAUCAAGUCAAACCUAUUUGGGACAUAUACAGUGAUCCUAAAUAGAGAAAGGUCUUGGUAAGAUGAAUAAAUUGAGAUUCAGAAGGAAA